AUGACACCCUACUUGUUUAAUCAAAUCUGGAAUCUACCAAAACUUGCGUAUCUCAACCUAGAAAUUUAUAAUAUAUCUGAUGCUAUUUUCAGUCAAUUAAAGACGAUCUCAUUAACUCUCGAAUCGUUAUGCAUUCAGAAUGAUAUUCCACAUCCAUUGCGUGAUAUAGCUGAUCUAUAUCAAAAGGCGCCUAACCUUCGAGUUCUUUCUAUGAAUAUUAAUUUGAAAAAUGAGUAUGAAAAAUUUCCAGUUGUUGUAACAUCAAUCAUGACUUCAAAACUCGAUUUCUGUGGUGAAUUACGUGCAUUGCACAAGCUUUUUCAGAAUUUGCCUAAUCUGUGUCAUUUAACAAUUGAUAUGCAAGAUCACUACUUGACUGGGCAUGAGUGGAAACAGAUUACUAUCGAUCACUUACCAAAGCUCAAACAACUUCGAUUCAAAAUGUUUAUAGCACCGCUCUAUGAUACAAUCAUAGAAGAAGAAAUUGAUGAACUACUUAAUACAUUUCGAACGCAGUUUUGGCUUGAUGAACAUCACUGGUAUGUUCGGUGUGAUUGGAAUCCAAUCGCUGGAUCGGGCACUUUUGGAUAUCUUUACACCUUACCGUAUGCCUUUAGACUAUUUACUGGCAUAGCUAAGGGUUUAAGACGACCCAAAUGGACUUGCCCUGACGACGAAAAGUAUUGUUUAUUUAAUCGUGUACAUAAUCUCGAUUGCAUGGAGUCGGAAUCUUUAUCAUAUUGUUUAUUUCGAUUUUAA